AUGCAGUAAUUUUUAGAAGAGGAUUCUAGUUAAUUGAAUUAAAAGAACGAGAACUCAAUACAAUAAUUGCUAAACCCAUAUUUAUUUUAAUUGAUCAAAGAAGAAGAAAUCUAAGUUAAGAAGAAUGUCUAUCUAGACUAUUUGUAUUUCUCGCCAGUUACAGGCAAACCAAAGAAUGAAAUAGUUAAAAUUUAUCUAACAAAUAAGCUAUCUAAUCAGUCACUUAAAACACUAAUCCAAAGUAAUUAGAAAUUUAUGAACCAAAGAACUUUUAAACUGCAGGGGUAUUUCAAAAGAAUUAAGAACUUAAAAUAAUAUAGAAAAAUCAGAUAAGAAUGGAGCAAAAACUACAUUUUUGGAGCCAAGAUUAAGAGAUAACAAGAACAAGAAACAAAAUAGUGA